AUGGCGUUCAACGCGAAGAAUUUGCGCUACGAGGCGAAUGAGCCAUCAUUCCUUCGAAAGCUUCGAAGUCAAUACGGUGGAGUAGACUUCCGCCACGAGCGAUCUCAGCAACGCCCGCGCAGACCGAAGGACGAUGACGACGAUGGCCCAACAUACGUUUACGAGGGCACGAACGAAUAUCUUUCCAUGGAAGAGUAUGAGGCGCUAGUACGCGGUGAAGAAAAGAAGGACGAAAAUGCUGGCCAAGAGGACAAUUUGCCGUCCGAGUCCGAAGCUAAGGCAUCAUCAGAGAAAGAGGCGGACACACUAGACACAGAGGAGGACGGGCCAAAAUCCCAGCAGAAACUGGCUGAAAUCGGAGGCCAGAAGAAAAGAAAGCAGGCCAAAGUUGUGGGAGAAGAAAACGUAGCAGAGAACGACACGGUGCAAGAAGACAAUCCGUCGACCCGUAAACCGAAGCAGAAAAAGAAGAAGAUCAAACUCUCCUUUGAUGAUGCAGAGGAGAACUAA